AUGUCUGAACUUGAGAACAAGAGUAUCAACUUCCCGCAAGAGGAGGAGAAAACUCUUGCCUUCUGGGGUGAGAUCGAUGCCUUCCAGACCUCUUUGGAGCUUACAAAGGACAAGACCCCGUUCACCUUCUAUGACGGACCACCCUUUGCCACCGGAACCCCACACUAUGGCCAUAUUUUGGCCUCCACUAUUAAGGACAUUGUGCCCAGAUAUGCCACUAUGACUGGCCACUUUGUCGAGCGUCGUUUUGGCUGGGAUACCCAUGGUCUGCCAGUUGAGCACGAGAUUGACAAGAAGCUUGGUAUCAAGAGCAAGGAAGAUGUCAUGGCCAUGGGAAUUGCCAAAUACAACGAGGAAUGUCGUGCCAUUGUUAUGACUUACGCUGACGAAUGGAGAAGGACUAUUGGUAGAAUGGGUCGUUGGAUCGACUUUGACAACGAUUACAAAACCUUGUAUCCUGAGUUCAUGGAGUCGGUUUGGUGGGUAUUCAAGGAACUUUACAAGAAAGGUGCUGUUUACCAAGGAUUGAGGGUUAUGCCUUACUCUACGGGUGUUACUACUGCUCUUUCGAAUUUCGAGGCUCAAUCCAAUUAUAAGGAUGUGAACGAUCCAGCAGUCACCAUUGGAUUCCCAUUGAAGGAUGACCCGAAGACUGUCUUGGCUGCCUGGACCACCACCCCAUGGACCCUGCCAUCCAAUAUUGGUUUGGCAGUGAACCCAGAUUUUGAGUAUGCUAAGGUGUUUGACGAAGAGACCGGCAUCACCUACAUCAUACUGGAAAAGCUGAUAAAGUCUCUGUACCAAAAGCCUCAGAAGGCCAAAUACAAGAUUGUCGGCCACAUCAAGGGUAAAGAGAUGGAAGGCUGGAAGUACGAGCCUCUGUUCGACUACUUUUAUGAGCAGUUCAAGGAGACUGGUUUUAGAGUCAUCUUGGCUGAUUAUGUUACCGACGAAUCUGGUACGGGUGUUGUUCACCAGGCCCCAUCGUUUGGUGAGGUGGAUUUCGAAGCAGCCACUGCUGCCGGUAUCAUCAACAACAAGUUGACUCCUCCAAACCCUGUCGAUGACAACGGUAAGUUCACCGACGAGGUCCCUGACUUCAAGGGCGUCUAUGUCAAAGAUGCAGAUGCUUUGAUCAUCAAGCACUUGAAGGAGAACGGAAAGCUUUUGCUUGCCUCUCAGAUCAGACAUAGUUAUCCUUUCUGUUGGAGAUCGGACACCCCCCUCAUCUACAGAACCGUUCCUUCCUGGUUUGUGGAUGUGAAGAACAUCAUUCCAGAGAUGUUGGAGAACGUUGAGAAGACCCACUGGGUUCCCCAGACCAUCAAGGAGAAGAGAUUCUCCAACUGGAUUGCCAACGCCCGUGACUGGAAUAUCUCUCGUAACCGUUACUGGGGUACCCCAAUCCCAUUGUGGGUGAGUGACGAUAUGGAGGAGAUUGUCUGCAUUGGUUCUAUCCAAGAACUGAAGGAUCUUUCUGGAGUUCAAGAUAUCACCGACAUGCACCGUGAGUCCAUUGACCACAUCACAAUCCCAUCGAAGCUAGGCAAGGGUGUCUUGAAGAGAAUUGAGCCUGUUUUCGACUGUUGGUUCGAAUCCGGUUCCAUGCCUUAUGCUUCUCGUCACUACCCAUUCGAAGAGAAGGAUUCUUUCGAGAGCCGUUUCCCAGCUAACUUCAUCUCAGAAGGUCUGGACCAGACCAGAGGCUGGUUCUACACCUUGACUAUCCUGGGUACGCAUCUUUUCAAGACUGCCCCUUUCAAAAACGUCAUUGUUACGGGUAUUGUUUUAGCUGCUGAUGGUAAGAAGAUGUCCAAGAGAUUGAAAAACUACCCUGACCCAACUCUUCUGCUAGACAAGUAUGGUGCCGAUGCUUUGCGUCUGUACCUGAUCAACUCUCCAAUUCUUAGAGCCGACCCAUUGAAAUUCAAGGAGGAAGGUGUCAAGGAGGUUGUUUCGAAGGUGUUGUUGCCAUGGUGGAACUCCUAUAAGUUUCUGGAAGGCCAAGUCGCUCUUCUAAAGAAGUUGAACGACGUUGACUUUAAGUUUGAUCCAAAGUCCAGAAGUGAAAACGUCAUGGACAGAUGGAUCUUGGCUUCCACUCAAUCCCUGAUCAAGUUCAUCCACCAAGAGAUGAACGAGUACAGAUUGUACACCGUUGUUCCCAAGCUGUUGAACAUGAUCGACGACUUGACGAACUGGUACAUCAGAUUCAAUCGUCGUCGUCUCAAGGGUGAAAACGGUCUCGAAGACUGUUUGAAGGCUAUGAAUACCUUGACAGAGACUUUGUUCACUCUUGUAAGGGCCAUGGCUCCAUUCACUCCAUUUUUGUCAGACACUAUCUACAGAAAGAUGAGCGUUUUGUUCACACCAGAGACUUUGGCCGAAUACGGCGUUGACACCAGAUCCGUGCACUUCUUGUCUUUCCCUGUGGUGAAGCAGGAGUACUUUGACGAGAAGAUCGAGCUUGCUGUUUCGCGCAUGCAGAAGGUCAUCGAAUUGGGAAGGUCAAUUCGUGAUAAGAAGACCAUUUCCUUGAAGACUCCUUUGAAGUCAUUGGUCAUUUUGCAUGCCGACCCAGGCUACCUUAAGGAUGUCGAGUCUUUGAAACUAUACAUUUCAGAAGAGCUGAACGUUCGUGAUGUCUUGAUCAGCUCCAACGAGGACGAAUACGGAGUCGAAUACUCGGUGGUGGCUGACUGGCCUGUCUUGGGUAAAAAGUUGAAGAAGGACGCCAAGAAGGUCAAGGAUGCCUUGCCAUCUUUGACAUCUGCUCAAAUCAAGGAGUUCAUGAGCUCAGGAAAGAUCGAAGUUGCCGGUCUUGAGCUUGUGACUGAAGACCUUUCUGUCCAGAGAGGUUUGCCAGAGUCUAAGACUGCUGGAGGAAUGGAAGCCAGAUCUGAACAAGAUGUCUUGAUCAUCCUGGAUAUCAACAUGCACGCGGACUUGAAGACCGAGGGUGUUGCAAGAGAGCUCAUCAACCGUAUCCAGAGACUGCGUAAGAAGUGUCUGUUGGAUGCCACUGAUGAUGUUAUCGUGCAGUAUGAAAUCCUGAACGACACCGUUGGACUUCAAGAGGCUAUUGUCAACAACGAGGAUAUGCUGACGAAAGCGUGUAGACACCCAUUGCAGCCCAGAGCUGACUCUGAUAAGGCUGUUGUCACAGACGAAGAGGUUUCUAUCAACGAUACAUUGGUUCGUCUGAGGUUGUUGAAGCUGUAG